GAGAGGGCUGCAGUUUUCUGUUAGGAAAACCGAGUGGCCGGAUCACGUAUGCACAAGGUGGUCAUUUAGUAUCCGCCACUGGGCGUGUUAGUUGCAUGGAGAAGAGGAUCACGAAUGGGUUGCGUUGAAAAAUUAAUUAGCUAUUGCACCUACCAGGUCAGUAAACUGCUUCAGACAUGCCUAUUUUAAAUGAAAACAUACUCCCUGAUGACUUCUCCUUGACUGUUCCUGUUGUGGUAGUGGGUAAUGGACCCUCUGGAAUCUGUCUUUCCUACUUGCUGUCUGGUUACACUCCAUAUCUAGCUCCUGGAGCGACACAUCCAAAUCCUCUGCUCCUUGGAAAACUUCAAGAGAGACCAGAGCUUUCUUUUCUGGAUCAGGAUCUGGAAUAUUUAUGUGAAGGGCUGGAAGGGCGUUCAAAAAACCCAGUUGCAGUUCUCUUUGAUUCCCUUAUUUUGCCAGACAGUGAUUUUGGCUCAGACUGUACCUCUCCUCUUCAGUGGUAUCACAAGCCUGAGCAGGCCAUUUCUCACCUGGUGUUUGGCAAGGGACCACCUGGUGGGGUCUGGCAUGCCAUGGAAGGUUCCAUGCUAACACUGAGCUUGGCGAAGUGGAUGGAACUGCCAGGGCUGCGGCUAAAGGACUGGGUGAGAGAAAAACGCAGGAAUUUGCGUAAUGACAGAGUGACUCCAGGAGAGAUUGCCUCCUAUUACAAGCAUUAUGUGUCCAUAAUGGGCCUUCAGGACAACUUUGUAAGAAACACUCACAUUUUAUCAGUGAGAAGAAUGAAAUGUGAUCAAGAAACUGGUGAAAGAGAAGAUCAAACGUACUGCUUGCCUGGCCACCAUAAAAACUGCUAUGCAUAUUCAGAGCAUGGUUUUUCAAAGGGAUUGUGGGAAGUGCGGGGUGUACAAAAAGUGAGUGAGAAUCUGGAGGUCCCCUUUGCUGUGUGUGCAGAGAAUGUGGUCUUGGCCACAGGAACACAAGACAAACCUGCCUGGCUAGGAGUAAAAGGAGAAGAUCUUCCAUAUGUUUAUCACGACUUUAGGCAAUUUGAAGAGGCCAUUUCCAGACGCAUGGUGGAUGAGAUUUCUGAACCCAUCUUGAUCAUUGGAGCAGGACUGAUGGCGGCUGAUGCAGUACUUGCUGCACAUCACUUGAACAUUCCUGUUUAUCAUGCCUUCCGUCGGUCUAUUAGUGAUCCUGCCUUGAUCUUUAACCAGCUACCAAAGGUUCUUUACCCAGAAUACCAUAAGGUACACCAGAUGAUGCAAUUGCAGGUGCAGGGCAACAGUGAUGCCAAUUCUUACCCAGGCUAUACUAGCUACCCUAAACACCAGGUGGUUGCCUUCACUAAAGACAAAAAGUGCAUCCUGGAGGGAGACAGAAGUAGACCAGUGCUUCGCAUUUCUAUGGCAGUGGUUCUAAUAGGCGCCCACCCCAACCUCUCCUUCUUGCCAGAUGAUGGUCAGUACCUUGCUGUGAACAGCCAGCAACCUAUCUCCUGUCGGCACAAUCCAGUGGACAUUGACCCAAUUACUUAUGAGUCAACCCAGGAACCUAAUCUUUUUGCCAUGGGUCCCCUGGUGGGGGAUAACUUUGUCCGCUUCCUGAAGGGUGGGGCGAUUGCAAUUGCCAGUGCCCUCCAAAAACGAAGGUGUCCAUUAGAGGUCCGCACCUCUAAUGAAACAAGCUCUGAGAGUUCUUUGGGAAUCUAAAGCCAAGUGAUUGCUUUUAGGAGUGUGCCGAACAUUUGAAAGUGAAAACCAGCUCCCCAUCUUCUCCCUAAACAGACGGGAGAAAGGGGUCUGCAGGUAGACACUUAAUAAGAUGUUAGCUAAGAUACUGGUGAUGCCUUGCAAGAGCUGUGGUUGGCGAAAGCUUUUUAGCAGAUGAAGAAUUAAGUUUUACUUCCUUUGGUGCUAUCAGAAAGGUUUCACCAAGACCGAGGGAAAAGACAAGCAAGAAAGACACUGCCAUUGAGCUGUUAAGAUAUUCCCUUUCAGCUGUCCCGUGUAGUGCUUGUUGUUUUUUUUGUUUUUUUGUUUUUUUCAUAAUAACAAACAAAAACCUAACACAAAAUUGUUCUCAUUGUUAAAGGGAAUUGGAAAGGUGAAUUUGUUUGAGGAAUGGCUUCACUUUGAAAACCAGAGAAAACCAAUUAUGUACAAAAACUGUGGGUUGGGGUGGAAAGGAGUUUUGGUGUGUAUGCUGGGGUUAAUACCUGAGAACAUGAGCACAUUGGUAAAACCUGAGACAUUAAAGGAUGGAGUGAAGAGCAAGAAUUUUUAUACAGAAUAACUCAUCGAAAAAUUUGAGACUUGCUCAGUUUUUGUUUUUUUUAUACCUUUUUCACCAACUUAACCCCAUUAAUAUAGAUACCUUUUGAACAAACCACUUACUCCCUGAAUAAUAUUAAAUGGCAGAUGGGGUAUAUAUUUAGAUAAGUUAUACUGAAAAUGCAAUUUCCAUUUCCUCCCUCCAAAUAUUGCUUGAUCAUUUUUUUUGUACCUGUUUUCCAGAUGUGUUGGGACAGUGACCUUGCUAAUCACACUAAUGUAUGGGAUCGAAAGACAUUUUUUGGUAGUAGCAGAUUUAACACCCAUCUUUCAGUUUACUUUUUUAAAGUGUUUAUGUAUUAUCAGAGUAUAAAAAGUCACAUAUGUGACAAGCCCAGUGUGUUCAUAUUGUCUGUCUUACUCAAAACAGGAAUGCUAGUUGACAGACCUACAUUUCAAUCUUUUAUUCUGCUUUUCUGCCAAAUGAUUGCUUUAUUUGUACUUGGUGUGCAUGAUGGUAUGAGUGUCUGCUUUAUGCAAUGUUAUAAAACAUUUUAUUUCAAUAAAGAUGGGCAUAUUUCCUACUGUU